AUGGAUGGUACGUCAUUGGACUCCAUUUAUUUAUACUGUUUAAGCUUGUAUCGUCAAAACAAGUACAAGUCAUGCUAUAGAAAGCUAGUUGAAGUACACAACAACCUAACUCCGUUGCACCAUCUUGGCUGUUCAUAUCUAUAUGCUCGAUGUUGUCUUUAUUUGAAAAAAUUCAAGGAUGGAAUAGCUCAGCUAUUGAAAGUCAAGAACCUAUACGAUAAGGAAGUCAAAUACAGUAUUGAAGAGAGAUUUGAAUACAAGAGAAGUAUUGUACCCGAUGCUUCAGCUGUGUAUCAUCUCUUGGGCGAUUUAUAUAGUGCUACAAAUGAUAUAAAGAACAGUACGCUCAGCUAUACUCAAUGUCUCAGGUUGAAUCAAUUUGAUUUUGAAGCUUUCCAAAAAGUAAGCAAACUCGGAGUCAAUAUGAAGGUGAGAAGUCUAUAUAAACAAAAACCAAGCACUGAUUCGGAUAACCCGUUUGGUGUUCAAGUUCAAAGUCCACCCUUGAAAUCCAUUCAUGUUGAUGACUUCAACUUUCAAACACCAAGAGUUAAGCAGACAACAGUACCUGAUGCUCCCUUGAGAAAACUGAAUUUGAAUACUGACAAUACAUUUGAAUUUGUCAAACCUGAAAAACGAAGAAUAAGUCGGUAUCUGAGGAUCACUUCGCGACUAACCACUGCACCUGCAGAGACUCCCAAACGUACAAAUUCUGAUGGGAUAACCUAUAUCAAAGAGCUUGAGAAGGUAGAGGCAUAUCUACUUCAAAAAUAUCUGGUUUUCGCCAAAAGUUUCAAAUGUCUAACGACAUACGACUGUUACAAGGCAAUAAAGAUAUUGGAAAAUUUUAGUCUGCAAGAACGAGAAACACCGUGGGUAUUGAGCAAACUAGGGCGGUUACAUUACGAAGUAACGGAAUACAAAAAAUCACUCGAGUAUUUUGAAAAACUACGAGAAGUAGAUCGCGCUAGAUUGGAGGAUAUGGAAUAUUUUUCAACGUUGCUCUGGCAUCUCAAAAAUAAAACAAAAUUAACAUUGCUUGCCAAUGAAAUGAAGGAUAUAGAUUCGCAAAGCGCCAUUACUUGGAUUGUUAUAGGGAACUUAUUUUCAUUAAACAAAGAGCCCGAAGAGGCUAUUCGAGCGUUCAACAAACUGCUCAAGCUACAACCUUUAUCGUAUGCUUACACGUUAAUAGGGCACGAGUACAUGGCACUUGAGGAUUUGGAAAAAGCGAGUCUGGAAUUUUAUCGAAGUUUAUCAAUGGAUGAAAGAAACUAUUCUGCAUUGUACGGACUUGGAAUGGUUCAUCUUCAGCUAGGUGAGAUGGAUCGGGCUGAAUACUAUAUCCGAAAGGGCAUUUCAAUCAACCCAACUAAUGUAAUCUUGAUUACAACUCAAGCAAUGAUCUUGGAACGAGCUGGUAGACUAGAGGAGGCGAUAUUAUGUUAUAAAAGUGGGUGUGAGAUCCAACCAACAAAUCCGUUACCAAGAUUGAAAAAGGCACAAAUACUCAUUAAAAUGGAACAGUACUCAAAUGCAAUUGAGACUUUAGAGAUACUCAAGGGACUAGCGCCAAAUGAAGCAAGUGUAUAUUUCCUUCUUGGUGAAUUGUACAAAUUGAAAAACGACAAAUUCCGCGCAUUAAAGGAACUUAGUAUUGCAAUGACACUUGAUCCAAAGGCCAAAGUAAUUAUUGAAAAUAGUUUAUAG